UAUUCUAACCAGAUGCUAUGUCCAUCGGCGAUAGUUGGAUGAAGCCUUGAGAAAACAAGGCAGAAAAUGGCUCGAUGUUCGGAUUCCGGUGACGUAUCAUCGAUCAAAUUGGAGAGUGAAGCCUGCGACGCGGCGUGGUCAGAGGAACACGAGCGUGUUCCAUUGAAACAACGUCUGAAAUUGCUCUUGGCUACCAAGCGCCUUGCCAAAUCCGAGCCUGCGACUACUAGUUUUGUUAGAAAUCACAGCAACCAAUGCUACUCACAGGAGGAGAAGGUUGACAUUCUUGAAGUGCAGCAAAAUGGUGCUGGUGAGGUGAAAGAAUGUGUCUCCCGGGCUGAAGGAGAUAAGAGCAUAAGCCAAAGCCAGAUGACCACUGAUAAUAUUAUGUUAGACAAAGUUGAUGCGGUCAACAGUACUUUACUUCAGUUGUUGCCAUCAGACCUUCCCAUAAAAACAAAGGUUUCUGCUGUCAAUAAAUUGAAAAAGUGCUUAAAUUAUUCAUCCAGUGUUGAUGUGGAGACAACAGUGAAGUUAAAGAAGGAGACUCCUGAAUUUUUGGAUGAACUUGAUUUUGUGGUAUUAAAAGAACGACAAAGAAUGCUACUAUCAAGGAAAGCACUUUCUUUGGAAAGGAAAACUAUAGAGGGCACCUCACCGGCACUUUCUAGCUUGGCUGAAGAUAACGGGAUCAAGCGAGGUAAUGGAGUUGGAAAAGAAGAUGAUACUUCCAGUGAUAGGGACUUACAAAUGGCUGGAGAUCGUUCUAAGAUAUCUGAUUUGUCAAACUUCACAGUUCAUGGAUUGAGUGACUCCUGCCAGAAAGAUUAUUCAUCUAAUCUUGUAUCAUCAAAAAGGAUUCAAGGAAAUGAUUGGUUAUACUCUUCAAAGAAAACUCUUCCCGACCAGGAAUCGAGUCAUGGGUUAGAUCUUUCUUCUGAUAGUAGCAAGGCUAGGCUUAGUUCAGCAAUUGUAAAUGUCAAGGUUGAAGCCUUGGAGAGCGUUGAGUUAGAAACUACAGGAAAAUAUGCUACCGAGAAUCAACCAUAUAAUUGCUUCCUUCCAGUGAAAAGAGAACAAGAAGUCCCUAAUGAUUCUUGUUUAGAUAAGCUUGACCACAUGCUGCUGCAAGAGCGAAUGAAAUUAUUUUCAAAGAAGGCAAUUAAUUCUUCAGGAGGUGAUGGAAUAUCAGCUUCUUUGAGCAAAAUAGUGCCCUCUGUGUUUGAUUCCACACCCAUUGCAUUUGCAGCUGCCAAACCACUGAAAAUUAACCGUCCACGAAAGCGGAGAAAGACUGCCACAGAUUCUGUUGAAGAAGCACUGGAGGAAGAUGCUCCUGGACUCCUCAAGGUACUGCUUGAGAAAGGUGUAUCAGUUGAUGAUAUUAAGCUGUAUGGGGAACCUGAAAACAAUGAGGCUCUGGAUGAUUUGCCUACAGAAGAUAGCUUCUCUGAGCUUGAAGAAAUUAUAUCAAAGCUUUUUUCCCGGCGAGAUUCAUUGUUUAAACUUGGUCCGCUGCAUUUCUCAAAGGGAGAGAAGCCUAGCUAUUGCUUGGCCUGUCUAUUUUCGCUUGUGGAGCAGGCACGAUAUUUACAGUUCAGAAAGUGGCCCGUUGAGUGGGGCUGGUGUCGAGAUAUCCAAUCAUUCAUAUUCGUCUUCGAAAGACAUAACAGGAUUGUGCUUGAACGCCCAGAGUACGGCUAUGCAACAUACUUCUUUGAAUUGGUGGAAUCUGUAUCUAUACAUUGGCAGAUCAAGCGACUGGUAACUGCUAUGAAGCUUACUAGCUGUAGCAGGAUCUCGCUAAUUGAGAACAGAGCACUCUUGGUCGGGGAGGACUUGAGUGAAGGAGAAGCGAGAGUGUUGAUGGGAUACGGUUGGAUUCCCAACACUGGACUGGGCUCAAUGCUCAACUACUGCGAUAGAGUUGUUCACGACAGAAAGUACGAGAGGGAUAGUUCAGAAUGGAAGUCCAAAAUCGGGAAGAUGCUCAUUGCUGGGUACAAUGGCGGCAAAAUAGUGCUGACGGACAUUCCAAUGAAUCUUUCUAAAGACAAUGUUGACGAGGAGGAGGACAUUAAAGUAAAGUUAGAAGUGGAUUAAGCUCAGAUAGCUUAAAAUUUUUUGUAAAUACUUUUGAAUUCUUCAGUCAUAUGUUCAACAAUUUGUCCAGGAAUGCAGAAGAUUUGUACUUU